AGUCUACAUUUUUUAAGUGAACUUAGAACUCUUUGCAAAGAGAAAAAAAUUAGCAUUGGGAUGAAAUUUUCUAUAUGUAUUCUGUUUAGUACUGACACAUGCGUUUAUGAACGAUUUAUAUCUUUCAGAAGCUCUGAAAUGUUUUUUGGAGUUUGAAAUAGACAUCCAGUUGUGGUUUAAUAACAUUUUGUGUUCCUUCAAAGGGACCUCCCACCUGAAUUUUUUUUCUUAUAUCGAAAAUAUAUCUGGUGUGGAUAAAGAAUUCGAUAGUUUUAGUUUCUUUCUGAUCUAGUAUCUCAAAAGAAAGCUAAAACAUUUUAUUAAACUCAAGUUAUUUCUUAAAAAUCCUGAUUCAGAAGUUUUAAGACAUGUUAUACUUAAAGCUGUUAAAUCUGAUAGAAAAAGAAAAGAAGUGACAUAAUAGACGGCUUGCGUUGUGACGUCAUUUGUUUACAUUUUCUCGGACCUUUUGGAAGCUGGCAGGAUAAAAAACAGCGAGCGCUAAUUCAUAGGCCACCAAAUUCACAUCUCCCAAGGUUUACAAAAAAAUAUGUUCGCCGAAAUUAACUGGCCUGUUUGUCGUUGCUACUGAAAUAACUAGGACGCCAUGUGGUCAGAUUCAAUUUAUUUUCUUUCGCUUGAUAAAGAUGAGAAAACUUUGUAUAUUAAAAAGCUCACACCUAGCCAAUGAUGAGGUAUUACCAGAUCCUUAUACCUUAAAAAAAGACUGGCAAAACGAUCCAAAGUAUUUACCAGAUAUAAUAUUUGGAGAUAUCCAUAUGUACUUAGUGAAAAGUCCUAGUAGUGGUAUCACUCACGAGUCGAUGAAGGCUUUUAAAUCAUUGGAUUCAUACAACUUUUUUAUGUGGUCAUGUACAAGACGUCUAUUAUCAUAACAUUGAUGCAAAAAGCGAAUUUUGCUACAUUAAAACAGAGGUUUGUUUGCCUUUGCUGUAUUGUUAGCUUUUUAUUUUUAUGAUUACUCCACUUAAUGCUCUACUUGCAUUUUAAAGGUUUUACCAAGUCAAAGACAAGGCCAAAAACAAAAACUAUAUGAAGUAUGGGUUGCAUUACAUAAAAAGGGUGGCUGGGACCUUACUGCAAAUUGCACAUGCAUGGCCAGACUUGGUUCAGCAUGCAGCCAUGUUGGGGCUCUAUUAUUUAAGCUGCAAGCCGGUGCAUUAUUAGGAAUAAACAAUAUUGCAUGUACAAGUAAACUUUGCGCUUGGAAACACUCUAGACGAUUCAAAUUCAAAAGCAGAAGCAAACAGUACCCAAAGAAAAAAAAGUUGUGUCGGAUAGAAUGAAGAAACCUUUUUCUUUCGGGGAUCCCACACAUUUAAAUAAUGAGUUUCAUAAACAAAAAUUAAAAGAACUUUAUACAGUAAAUCCAGAUGCUGCAAUUCUUACUAGCCUAUACGACAAUGAUCCAGAAGAUUUUACAGUUACCAAUACUGAAACUGACACUGCUGACGAAACCGAAUUAAAUAGCAUUACUGAACCUUUGACAAGCCUUUUUAAGCCACAAUUAAUUAAUAAUAAUCCUGAAGAAAUUCAAUCAGAGUGCAGAGAGCUUUAUUACGAAUACAAAAAUGGCUACUGUGACAGUCAGUACAAAAAUUUAACGAAAGUUACAAGAGAACAGCGCUUGUCAACAGCAUGGCAAAUUCAUAGAGCAGGUAGAAUCACAGCAUCUGUCUCAAAAAGAGCAUAUAGUUUAAACCUAAAUAAUGAAAAUUCUAAAAAAAAAUUUACAAAAACAAUCAUGCAAUAUUCUACAAAUAUAACUGUAAGAGCACAACAAUACAGUAUUGACAUGGAAGCAACUGCUAGAAAAAAAUUUGUUGAGGUGUUCACAAAAAUCAUGAAAACGUUAUUGUAAAAGAAACUGGAAUACCCAUUUAUGGGAGCAUCACCUGAUGCUCUUGUUUUGUGUAAAUGUCACAGCUUAGGCAAUUUAGAAAUAAAAUGUCCUUCUAAUACAGCUCAGGUUUGGAUGAUGUUGAGUGUGAUAAAACAUUCCCUAUUGAUUCAGAUGGCAACAUGAAAACAAAUCAUCAGUAUUAUUUCCAAAUCCAACAGCAAAUGAUUGUUACAAACACAAAAUUUGGUUACUUUUUUGUGUGGAGUGAUAAAAAUUAUAAACUAUCCAAUGUUCCUCAAAACACAGAAUUUCGUAAAAAAAUAAUAUCAAAAAUUGAGCACGUUUUUUUCACAAUUAUUUUGCCAGAAAUUGUGACACGAAGCAUGGAUCAAGAAAGUGACAAGACAGAAAAGCUGUAUUGUAUUUGCAAAAGACCAAGCUUCCUACCAAUGAUUGCAUGCGAUGACAAAAAUUGUGCAAUAGAAUGGUAUCAUUAUUGCUGUGUAAAUUUACUCUGUGCACCUUCUGGAAAAUGGUUUUGCGAAACACCCAAAAACAAAAAACAUUACAAUAAAGAGCCUAUUGUGCAACAACACUUUUGUUAAUGUUUACUAACACACAUAUAACUGACAUAACAGAAUCUAUUAAGUCAAUUUGCGAUAUUGGAAUAAUUGACUGCAGGAUACGAAACUUUCGAAGUCUUCCAAUAACAUGUUCUACAUGUAUACGAACAUUGGAAAUUUUCCGGGAUAUCGCCACAUCACUUGCACUCAUUUGUGCUUUUCCACGUGCAAAUUUAGGUAUUUUCAAGUAAGCACCCCUAGUAGCAAGAUCUUGUGCUAUCGUAAAACCACGAUCAGCCAGUAUACAAUCGCCAUGCUGCAACUUAUCAAGAAAUCCACUUCGUGUUGUUAUUUCCUUAUCAGAAAUUCGACCACCAUAACCAUGUGACAAAAAGCUAACAGCCCCAGCUGGUGUUAUUCUGAUAAGAUAUUUCAUUGUGCAAGUAUUUUUGUAGUUGGACCAUGUUUGUGCACAUACAUUUAGGUUAUAUGGUUAUUCAGCAAAAAUUUCAGUGCAAUUAAUUAUGCAUGUACAAUUCUGAAAAUUUUUUUUUAAACUUUUUGGCAAAUGACAUCGCAAGGCUUCUCUAUCAGGCCAUAUUAUUAAAUGGCAUGUCUGUCUAGAUAUGAUAGGGAUCCAUCUACGAUAUAUUCGAGAAGCUACUGUCUCACUCAAGCCAAAACAAUAAGCUAAAUCUUUGUUUAAUAGACCUAGUUUUAGCUUCAUAAGCACCAGCAACAAAUGAUCAUUAUGAGAAAGUUUCUCGCUAAAAUAUCUCACUUUUCUAACAAAUAACGACAAAAACCAUUCAAAUAAACCAGGCGUGGUAAUCCCAGUAUAAAAGUUCAACAUAUUUUCAGCAACCACAGUAUCAUAAGAAAAUUUGGUGCUUGAAGCAUUUUCUAAAGGUUGAACCACAUCAUUCUUCAGUUCUAAUAAUUACACCCUAGCCGUAGAUAACGCUUUUUGAAUGCCUUCUUUUUCCUUUUGGAGAUUAAAAAUUUCUUGCUGCAAUUUUUCAAAUGUAACUUCAGUCUGUGAAGAUUUUGUACACAGCUCUGCAUCAUUUUCAACAUUGUCUACACCUGUAUCAAAGUCAGCAUCAGUGUCAGUGUGACUAGAUGUAGAAGACAUCCUUCUUUUGUACUCGCUCAAAUCAAUGUAGCUUUUGCUGCUGAAACACUUCUUUUUUGUACGCGAACUUUGAUGGCACGUAAUCUGGAUGGUGUGUGUCUUUAGAUUUUUCUCCUGAAAUAUAAAAAAAAAUUGCUAAGACUUUUUUGUGGCUCAUUUAGUUAUUAUAGAUACUAAAUAGCUAGCUAGGUUAGCUAGCAUUAAAGAGUUUAAUUUUAUAUAUCUAGCAGGUACAUCUAAAUAACUAGCUAGCUAUAUGGAUACCAUUACUUUUGUUGUUAAAAAUUAUGUUUUAUAUAAAAAGGUAUUUUUAUUUACCAGAUAUAU